GUUUUCAAAUUCAUUUGGUUGCGUCGAUACUUAUUCGCACAGUAAUUACGAUGACAGAUUUAAAAAUAAUCGUAGUCGGUUCGGGCGUAAUAGGAGUGACUACUGCUAACGAGUUAUUAAACAGUUUUAAUAAUGUAGAAGUUACAAUUUUGGCCGAUCAAUUUUACGAAGAUACGUGCAGUUGGGUAGCUGCUGGAUUAUUUAGGCCAGGUAUUGGAUUUAUUGGACCUGACGCAAAAACGACGCAAAAAUGGAUAAAUGAUUCUUAUCAUUACUGGAAAAAUAUUCACGACAAUUCUUAUGGAGCAGAUGUUGGAGUUGCGGAGAUAUCGGGGUAUAUUUUUUCAAAUCAGCACAAAUCAAUUGUUAGAAAUCCAUAUAUCGAGAAAUUAUUACCGAUAUACAGAAAAGCAACAGAAAAAGAACUAACUACUUUAUGUCCCGAAACAUGGAAAUAUGGUUCAUUUUUGACGACCCUAGUUACGGAUUCUUCAAUCUACCUUCCAUGGGCAACGAACAAAUUUAAAUCAUCUGGAGGAAAGAUUGUGCAACGGCAUGUAAAAAGAUUGGAAUCCUUAGGACAUGAAUACGACAUAAUUGUCAAUUGUACUGGAAUGGGAGCAAAAUAUUUAUGCAAAGACAACAAAAUGGUACCUAUUCGUGGACAAGUUAUUAAGGUUGACGCUCCUUGGAUGAAGACGUUUUACUACGGCGAACUCGAUACUUAUGUAAUACCGGGUCUUAGAUACGUCACUUUAGGCGGUUGUAGAAAUUAUGAUUCUUACAACACGAAACCUGAUAAAUUUGAUGCUUUAUCUAUACGAGAACGUUGCGAAAAAUUGGUACCGAGUAUUAAAUCAGCCAAAGAAGUGAAUCACUUAGUUGGUUUGAGACCGUACAGAAGUACGGUAAGAGUCGAAAAGGAGGUUUUGGUAACAACCGCCGAUAAAAAAAUUAAAAUCGUCCAUAAUUACGGUCAUGGGGGAUAUGGAGUAACAACGGCACCUGGAACUUCGUUAUACGCGUGCCAGUUGGUAAAAGAAUUAUGGAGCGGUAAUAGCAAACUAUAAAAGAAAUAUUGUGAAACAGAAAAUUAAUUUUGGGUUAAUAAUAAUGUUCGAUUUUUAGCAAAACGUUUAUAACAUAAUAAAAUAUAUAUUGAAAUGAUGCAUUCUCUGAAGAAUCCUUAUUUUUAAGUAAGUUAAUCUUCGAGUCGUUCCAAGUAGAUUGGUUGAGUGGAAUCUAAUGAAAACUCGGACCGCCAAUUAUAGAGAGAUUUCUAGAUUACCCACUACCCGAGGUUUAAUGGAAAGAUAAUUAGAGAAAGGAAUUUUUGCUUAUUUUUAACUUAAUUAUCUGAAAAACGAAAUUAAUUCAGCGAAAAACAUUUUUGAUGCAUUAUCUUUUUAAUUAUAUCGAUGAAAAAUG